AUGUCGUCCACUCUCCUCCGUACCGCGCCCGUCCUCCGCACAGCUCUGCGAGCUGGUGCUGCUAAGCCUGCUGCUGCUUCCCUGGCCAGCACCAGCUUCGUUCGCGGCAAGGCUACUCUGCCCGAUAUCUCUUAUGACUACGGCGCCCUCGAGCCCUACAUCUCGGCCCAGAUCAUGGAGCUUCACCACUCCAAGCACCACCAGACCUAUGUCAACGGCCUCAACACCGCUCUUGAGACCGUCGAAGAUGCCAACGCCAAGGGCGACUACGCCAAGGCUGCUGCUCAAGCUCCCUUGAUCAACUUCCACGGCGGUGGCCACGUCAACCACUCUCUCUUCUGGGAGAACCUUGCCCCUGCCAGCAGAGAUGGCGGUGGUGAGCCCGACGGCAAACUGGCUCAAGCCAUCAAGGAGGACUUUGGCUCCUUCGACACCCUGCGCAAGCAGAUCAACACCUCCCUGGCCGGAAUCCAGGGUAGCGGUUGGGCCUGGCUGGUCAAGGACAAGACCAGCGGCACCCUCGGCGUCGUCACUCGCGCGAACCAGGACCCCGUUACCGGCAACCUCGAGCCUCUUCUCGGCAUCGAUGCUUGGGAGCACGCCUACUACCUGCAGUACCAGAACCGCAAGGCCGAGUACUUUGACGCCAUCUGGAACGUUGUCAACUGGAAGACUGUAGCCAAGCGCUUCGAGAAAUAA